AUGCACUAUUUGAACGACAAUACAGCUUAUCGAGAGGAUGAAUAUUUGAUAAUACUCCACAAAGAUGAAUUCAAUGAUAAAGAAUUGGAAGAGACAAUAAAACUAAACAUAAAUGGAAAUUAUUAUAUGUAUCAAAGAACUGAAUUUUUAGGUGAUUCAGCGAGCUAUGGUAGAUUUUCUUCAGAAGUUUUAUUUAAAAAAAUUAAUGCACUUAAGACUUAUAUCGAAUCAUCAGAUUUAAAAGUAACACUAAACUUUAAUAAAUUCAAGGAGAUGAUAAAUGAGGUUUUAUCUUUAAUUGAUAUCAACAUUUUUCAGAAGAAAGAUUUAAUGAUUAAAGAAAUAGAAAAUUUAGGGUUAAUUAUUACUUCAAACUUCGAAAAGAACAUUAAAAGGGCCAAGGUUAGCAUAGAAGGUGAUAAAAGAAUUAAAAAGUCAAUAGAAUUUAUUUACUGGUUGCUGAAGAAAAAUACAGGUUUAAAUCGUGCUGAACGUGCGAAUGAAGUGCGCAAUUUUAAUGCAAAUAAUAACCAAUCUGAGAUUUAUAAAGAAUGUAAAGAAAACUUAUCUAAAAUAGAUUCUAAAGUUAAUUAUGAACAAAAAAUGGGGAUUCUUGGUACUAAUGACGACAAAAUUACUGAAUUAGUAAUAUCUACAGAAAUCCAAGGUAAUCAAAGGAUUACCAAUUUUGGUAAAGAUAAGAAUAAUUCCAACUUGAGUGAUGAAUCUUCUCUAAGUUCAGAAAUUGAAAACGAACAAAUUUUUACUGAAACUGAAGGUGACUCUAGUGAAAAUAGUAAUAUGGAUGAUAUUGACUCUGAUAUUUCACAAAAGUCCGAACCAAUUAUUAACAAAAAUAGAAUGCAUAAAUUAUAUAGGAGAGCAGGGACGGUUAUUAAUGGAAACGAUUCAUCUAACAUUUCAGAUACAAAAGUUGAUAAAAAUAAAUAUUUGAAGUUAAUUGAAAGUUACAAAAACUUCAAAAAGACUGCUGAAGCAAAAGAAAAUAUUAGUACAAACCACGACUAA